AUGGCGAGGCAGCUCCUCAGCUUGCGCCAGAGAGAGGGAAGGGGCAAACAGAGGCUCCUGGAGGCUCAUCGCUCUCGCCAUGUUACUCUACGUGCUUGGCAAAGCCUUGCAAUCGUAGCCAUUCUCUUCAUUGCGGUGUUUGCACUCUCAGUGGAAGCAGCCAAGGACUACUACAAGAUCAUGGGGGUAGAUAGACAAGCGGAUGAUCGGACGAUCAAGCGAGCGUACAGAGUGCGUCAUGCACUACUGGCAGUGUUCCUAUAGACGGCACGGCUAAGCUCAAUGCUCCCUCGUUGCCCUCACAGAAACUUGCUCAGAAGCUGCACCCUGACAAACAUCCGGAAAAGGGCGAUCAGGUCAGUAGGUCGCGCUUCGCACCUGCUGAAUCAGUCUACUCAUGCCUUUGUCUUAUUGCUUUCAGUUUGUGGAGCUGUCGGAGGCGUAUCAAAUCUUGUCGGAGCCCGAGACGCGCAAGAUCUACGAUCGGUACGGAGAGGAUGGAGUGAAGCGGCAUCAGCAGCAAGCAGGUUCAGCUGCCGGAAAUGAUCCGAUGAACGUCUUCCGAAACUUCUUUGGCGGAGGUGGCGGACCAUUUGGUCAGCAAGGCCCACGACGGGGUCCAAAUCGAAAUUACAAUCUCGAGGUGGGGCUGGAAGAUAUGUAUCGAGGACGGAGGGUUAGCGUGCAGCAUCAGAGGAACGUCAUUUGUGCAGCCUGCGAUGGCAGCGGUGCGAGGGAAAAGAGCGACAUCCACUCUUGCGAGGCUUGCGGUGGACAAGGCAUUCGGGUGGUGCAGCAGCAAAUCAUGCCUGGAUUCGUUACGCGGUCACAGGUGAGCGGUGUGGCCGGUGGGACUGAGGUGCAGCAGAGGAUUUGGAACUCGCUGACCUGACGUCCACCUUUUCACCUGGCAGGUCCAAUGCGACCGAUGCGGCGGGCAAGGGCAGGUCAUCCAGCACCUCUGCUCUAGAUGCAACGGUCAGAAGGUAACCGUAGAGACUGUGGAUCUAGAUGUGGAAAUUCUGCCGGGUGCGCGAGAAGGCGAAGAGAUCGUGUUUGAAGGAGACGCGGAUGAAGGGCCCGACUUUGAGCCCGGAGAUGUUUCUUUCAAGCUCAGGUGAGAAGGGAAGCCUGAUACUCGCAAUGUGCAGGCCUCCGAUUGGCUUUGCAAAGACUCACGUAGCAUUCGGGCCCGCAUCUUGUAGGUCCGUACGCCACAAGGGAGACUUUCGCCGCAGGGAUAAUCACCUAUACACCACAUAUCCAAUCUCUUUGGCCGAUGCACUCUUGGGCUUCGACCAUCAGCUGCGCCACAUGGAUGACCACAACGUGACAUUGCGGCGGACGACCGUCACGCAACCAGGCUGGACACAGACCAUCAAGGGCGAGGGCAUGCCAAAGCGAGACGACGACGGCCACGGCGACCUCUUUGUCGAGUAUCAGGUACGUCUGAUGCGAUGGCGAGCUUCCCUUUGGCACGUGCUCAUUCCUCUGCCGGCCAUUCCUGCAGGUUGUCAUGCCUGAUAAGAUUGAAGGCGAUAUUCAGACUGGUAAGUCGCAUUCUCGAAUGCAGAUCGGCAUCCACGUCUCUGAUCAUCUCUUGAAUCGUGUCCGUAUGCAGCUUUAGAGAAGAUCUUCGCAAGGAAAGCGACCAGAGGCGAGCCUGCCAAGAAGUCUAGUCAUUCGCACGAGGAGCUGUAA